AUGGUGUUGAUCGACAACCACGAGAUUCUCAGUGCCGAGGAGAAUCGCUUGAGGGAAGAUCGAGAACAUACUCGCUACUGGAAGAAAUGGGGUCCUUAUGUGGCCGAACGACAAUGGGCGACCGUGCGCGAGGAUUACUCUGAUACUGGAGAUGCUUGGAGCUACUUCACUCAUGAUCACGCACGGUCGCGGACCUUCCGAUGGGGUGAAGAUGGAAUUGCCGGUGUUUCUGACACCCACGGAUUGCAGAACAUUGCAUUUUCUUUUUGGAACGAGAAAGACGAUUUCCUCAAGGAACGCCUUUUCGGGCUGUCCAACCCACAAGGAAACCACGGCGAAAGUAUCAAGGAAGCCCACUUCCAUGUCGAUAAUACCCCCACACAUUCCUACAUGAAGUUUCUCUACAAAUAUCCCCAGAAAAAGUUCCCCUACGAGGAUUUGGUCGAAGAGAACGCUCGACGAUCGCGCGAGGAGAAGGAGUAUCAGAUCCUAGAUACCGGAAUCUUCGAGGAGAACCGAUACUGGGACAUCUUCAUUGAGACUGCCAAGGAAGCUGACGAUGAGGAAGAUUUGAUCUUCAGAGUCAUUGCAUACAAUCGAGGCCCCGAUCCGGCUCCUCUUCAUAUCGUACCUCAGGUGUGGUUCCGCAAUACCUGGUCAUGGGGCUACGAAAAGCAAAAGGCCAAGCCAUCUAUCACUUUGGAUGGCCCGCGAACUGCCAAAUCUGAUCAUGAGAAAUUGGGAGAGAGAUACGUGUCCUUCGCCCCCUCGCCGCCUAUUGGAUCUAGCGAGGAAGAUAUCCAACCUCAAAUGCUCUUCACAGAUAAUGAAACAAACAAUGCGAAACUCUGGGGUACCAAGAAUGAGCAGCCCUACGUCAAGGAUGCCUUCCACCGCCACAUUGUCGAGGAAGAGAAGGAUGCGGUCAACCCGGCCAAUGAGGGUACUAAAUUUGCCGCAUGGUACGCAUUCGACGAAGGCGAAGGAGUUCCACCUGGUGAAUGCGCCGUCGUACGUUUCCGCUUCUCGCGUAAGAAGGAAGAGUUUGUGGAUGAGGCAGUGUUGGACGAUGUCAUCGAACAGCGUCUUUCUGAGGCCGACGACUUCUAUCACCAUGUCAGCCCGCUUCCCAUGAGUGAAGAUCUGCGCAACAUUCAGCGACAGGCAUUCUCUGGAAUGAUGUGGUGCAAGCAAUACUACCACUUCAUCUGGGACCAGUGGAGUAACGGUGACCCAGCUGAGGUUCCUCCUCCUCAGGGGCGAAAGGGCAUUCGAAAUGAGCAGUGGCGCCAUAUGUAUGUCGACGACAUCCUCUCCAUGCCAGAUUCAUGGGAGUAUCCAUUUUUCGCUGCCUGGGACACUGCAUUUCACUGCAUCCCAUUGGCUAUGAUAGAUCCUGACUUUGCCAAGAAGCAACUCGAUCUCUUGACCCGAGAAUGGUACAUGCACCCCAACGGCCAGCUUCCUGCCUAUGAAUGGAACUUUGGAGACGUCAACCCACCAGUGCACGCGUGGGCCGUGUUCCGCACCUUCAAGAUUGAGCGUAAGAUGUAUGGCCGGCAGGACUUGGAUUUCCUGGAGCGUGUCUUCCAAAAGUUGCUCCUGAACUUCACCUGGUGGGUGAACCGCAAGGAUUCGGAUGGCAAGAAUGUCUUCGAGGGAGGCUUUUUGGGUCUUGAUAACAUUGGACUCUUCAAUCGAUCGGAGCCUCUUCCGACAGGUGGUGUUCUUGAGCAGGCUGACAGCACAGGCUGGAUGGCUUUCUACUGCCUCUGCAUGCUCAAUAUCGCUCUGGAGCUUGCUAAGCAUCGUCGAACUUACGAGGAUAUUGCGUCUAAAUUCUUUGAGCACUUUAUUCUCAUUAGUGAUGCAAUGACCUACCGGUCCGGGGAAGACAACAUCAUGUCCCUGUGGAAUGAAGAUGAUCAUUUCUAUUAUGAUGCCAUAUCAUACGGUGGCCCAUGGACUCAACAGUUGCCCAUUCGGUCGUUGGUUGGGCUGAUCCCCUUGUAUGCCGUACUGACCCUCGAGCCGGAAAUCAUCAACAAGUUCCCUUCAUUUAAACGACGACUUGAAUGGUUCGUGGAGAACAAGGCAGAUGUGGCCGAGCGUAACAUUGCCAGUAUCAAGAACCGCGGUAAAGACGACCGACUCCUCCUAGCACUUGUCAGCAAAGAUCGGUUGGAGAAGAUCCUGAAGAGGAUGCUCGAUGAGACCGAGUUCUUGUCCGAGCAUGGUAUCCGAUCCAUGUCUAAAUUCCACGAGAAGAACCCAUACUCGAUGGAUGUCAACGGACAAAACUUCUCAGUAGGAUACGUUCCAGGUGACUCAAACAGCUCUCUCUUCGGUGGAAACAGCAAUUGGCGUGGUCCUAUUUGGCUCUGCGUGAACUUUCUGCUUGUGGAAUCCCUCCUCCGCUUUUACAUGUUCUACGGCGAUUCGUUCCAGAUCGAGUGUCCGACCGGAUCAGGCGAUUAUAUGCAUCUGGGCCACAUUGCCGAGGAGCUUCAGCAUCGGAUGCAACAUUUGUUUGCCCGGAACCAGGACGAUGGUCGCCGUGCCUGCAACGGCGGAUCCGAUCUGCUAGACUUUGACGAGCACUGGAAGGAUUACAUGUGGUUCAACGAGUUCUUCGAUGGCGACACUGGUCGUGGUCUGGGAACAUCGCACCAGUGUGGCUGGACUGGAUUGAUUGCCAAAAUCAUCCACGAUACUGGUAUCAACUGCCGUCUCCCCCACACUCCCCGUGAGCCAUUCGCCGCAGCCUCCCACUACUUCGACGACAUCUUUUCAAGGUCUGCACGUGGUGGUCGAACCCCUGGCCCGUCAACAGUUCGUCGCUCUUCGACUAGUAGAUCCCUUGGCAACAGGAGUGACUUCGCCUCCAGCAUUGCCGGCGAUAUGACACCCUCGACCUCACAUUAUCUUGACGAAAAUGAGAGCACUCCGCUUAGUCGAUGCGGUAGUAGCAGUGCAUUGACAAAUGGUAAUGGUGAGGAACACCACAUGCACAACUAUGUCGAGAGCCAGCUGCAGCGUGUGCGUAGCUCAGCUUCGUUUGGUGCUUAUGAAGACGAAUUUGAGGCCCGGAACGAUUAG